AUGUCGCUUCAAAAUACGAAAGACAGUGCAGCUGUUGCCGGUCCGGACGACGUGGGCCCCUCAAAAGCCCGGAAGGCAUGCGUCAACUGCAGAAAGCAGAAGAUGAAAUGCAGGCUCGAUAACGGGUCAACGUGUCGAAGAUGUUUGCGGGCCGGCGUUCCAUGUGUGUUUGUACCCAGAGCCAACUCCGCAUCGCAUCGUGAUAGUAUCUCGUUGGCGUCUAUUCUUCACGCCAACGAGCAGAGCUCUACGUUCAACAAGUCCGUAAUCCUACGCCUAAAGCGUCUAGAGGAGCACCUUGGGUUGCCCACGUUAGGUAGUCCAGAUGAAGCCGAGUCACCCACUUCACCAAACGUGCCAGAUCUUGGGCCUGAGAGUCCGGGGGAUGACUCGUUAGGUCCCCUAUGGGGUGCUGUCGCAAUUCUCCGAAGGACUUGCUCCUCUCGUGUUGGCAUGAAUAUUUGGGAAAAGGCCAUGGUCAAAAGACUAUGGCUUUCAUUCCACGAAACCAUGCCUGGGCUACACUUCCUCCCAACAAAGCAAACCUUUUCGUCGCCAAGACCCCUUAUGCUUGCCUCAAUGCUGUACUGCUCGAGUAUACGGGGACCACCUGAAGUUGCUGUCCUAGCACCUGAUUACUUCGCCGUCUUGUGUAGUGCUAUUUCUCAGUUGUGCAUCCCCGAGAAUGAGAUUGGCCAGGUUCCAGAUGACCCAGCAUCGGCGGAAGAGUGGGCUUUUCAGACAGUGCUGGGCAUAAUACUAGCCGGGCUACUGCGGGAAGGUGUCGUAAAAGAGACGGGCUUAUGGAUCUCAGUCGCUUACAGACUCAUCCUGGAACACUGCCCGUCAAAUGUCGAAGAAAGGUCACGCGAAUGGCGUCGUCUCUUCUCUGGCCUUCAGAUCGUCGACCUUGAGCACGCCUCUAUCCAUCUUUCAUGUCCUAUCAUCCCCAUUGAAGCCCCAUUACCUCGGCUCAAAAUCCCAAUGCAAGACCAACUCUAUCGGUUAUCGAGGAUGAUGCACACAGGGUUAACACACUUCACGGGUAGAAGUCUACCUACAAUCUGGUCCUACUUUGCAAAUGAACCUAGCAUAUCCCCAGACUCGACUGUCACAUUCAGCGGCGUCGAUGGGGCUGUCAUUCGCGACUGGGCGCGUCAGUUAGAUGACUGGCUUGUGGAAUUCAGUGACAAGGACUUUGACUCGGAACAUGAGAAGAAACUCGUGUUUAGGCAGUACAUACUUCACCGUCUUCUGGUGCUGUCCAUCUACCACCCGGCGAGAGGCUGCGACUUGUUCUCCAAUACGACACCCAAGGAACAGCACGAGCUUCUUGUUUCAGCCAGAGCUGCUGUCAAGCUUCAAAUUCUAGACUCUACAAUAUGGUCUAACUGGGAUCUUGUGAUGAUCACCUGGGCCGCCCUCAUUGUGCUACAGGGGGUGGAUGGCGGGGUGGGAGAACCAGACGAUCUUGAGAAUGCUAGAGUUCACUUACAGAAGUUAAGAGAAAUGCAUGAGCCAAAACCAAGUCUCAGAGGCAUCUUGGCAAGCCGACUUGAACAGAAGCUGCAAGGGCUUCAUACUCCUGGAUCAGGAGACGCCGAAAUCUAUGAGCAACAGAUGGGUAACUUGGACAAUUCCUGGUACAUCUUUGACCAAACCAGCUUACAGGCCGGCUAUGAGCUCUGGUCUUAUGAGCAUCAAGGGGGAUAG